AUGUCCCAGGAUCAAAAUUCGACUUUGGAUGCAAGAGACUCCCACCAUGAACAGCGGCUGUUCACUCUCCGUACGGACGACGAGACGGCGACAACGCUGAAAGAUGCGGAUGGAAGUAGCACCGGUGGCAAGCUGCCGGGUCAGGGGCCAUCGCAAGCGCAAUCAUCCCAGGAACUUCAGGAAGUACAAUCACAGGCUUCCUACUGUGCUACGGAAUUCUCACCUUCAUCGUCUGCAACAGGUGUAUCGGCUCAAAGCUGGGGUGCCGGAAGCGAAGCCAUCGCAUCGCCUUGUCAUUUUGACGAUUUUUUGGGUACAGGGGGUGACGCACCAAGCUUUCCCCUGGACUUGGUGACUCUGAAGAAUGCAUACUGUGAAGCUCAACGGUCUGUCACCCAACACCCACAAACAUCAACAUCUGAAACACCGCGAGUCAACGAUAAUGGCCUCAAAGUCUCCGCCGAAGUGCCAGGCUUGAGGCAGCAGCAACAGAUCCUAGCAGACGCUCCGUACGGCUCUAGCCACGUCUCAAAUCCUACCACCCUGACGUUUUCGCCAUGCCUUUGCCUCCACCGUACGAUUCUGAUCAUGGACGAGGUCGAAGUGAUAUUGGGCGAGGCCGCCGCCAGCGCAGGCAGUCAAGCCUCUGCCUAUAAGUUCGACGUUGUUCUGGCCACCCACAGAGAGGCUCUGCGCCACGUCAAGACCACGCUGGAUUGCAACGACUGUGCGAGAUCCAUCGAGAACAUGAUCAUCCUCACAUUCCUCGUCGAGAAGCUGGCGCGCGUUUGUCACGGUAUGGUGUCAGCGAUCAGAGAAAAGGACCCAGAGAAUUGCGGCAACAUCCAGCCUUUUGGGUUUGGUAGCUAUGAGGUUGAAUCGUGGGAGGAGCUCCGCAUGGUUGUCUCCAAGUUGCUGGAAUUGCAGCUCUGUGGGCUCCGUGCGCUGGUGAAGCAGCUGGUCGGCACGUCACGGUGGAUGGAUUCGGGCACGAUGGCGAGGCGCCUGGCCGUGACAGACCAGCUCAUGUCGCUUACCUUCUCCUUGUUGCCGACUUGA